UGGCAUCAUCCAUGGUAACGUUACCUUCAUUGAUUUCUAUUCCUCUGAUACCACAUUCAUCAGUUAUCUCACCAUUAAUCGACCCAACUACUUCCUUUCAUACUUCAUCUUCCUCAUUAUUAUCUUUAUCUUUCGCAUCACCCAAGUCAACUUCAAUGACAUUAUCUUCCACUCCGAUAAAACGAAGUUCUGUCUCCCCAAUAAUCAAUCCAAGUACAUUUCACACUUCCUCAAUGUCAUCAAGUAUAUCAUUGCUACUUCCUACAUCAACUUUGAUUCCCACACAUGCAUGCCAUCCACAGACUAGUACCACUGAUCGUGGUCAGUUUGAAUGGCCACUAACACUACCUGGAAUGACUGUUACCAUAUUGUGUCCUAGUGGCCCUAAUGGAACUACAGCAAGUAGAAUAUGCUCUGCUUCUUCUAAUUGGGAAUCACCAGAUGUGAUGAUGUGUGCUACUACUGAUGUUACAAAUGGAUUUAUUGAAUUAUCUAAAGUAAACAUUACAGUUGAUAAUCUUGGCUCAGCAGCUUUCAUUAUGAGCAGUUUAGUGGAAAAUGCAACACGUACUCUUGCUGACCAAAACAUUGAAAACAUUGACAUAAUAUCAACAGUAUUGGAAGCAAUAGUAUUUGUUUUUUUGAAAAGUAAAAGUGCUCCAUUGAUAAUUGAAACAACAGGGUAUAUUGUACAAACGCUCAAUUUAUUAGUAGAAUGGCCCAUGGAUGUAACUAAUGUUUUAUCCAAUAAUAUAAUUCAGUCAUUUGAAGAAUUCAUACAGGUUCUAUUUAAACAGGAAAAUUCGACAGUGAUUAAAAUUGCUGAAGAAAACAUUUUGUUUAGAGCAGAAAGAGUGAUUUUACCAAAGAAUAUUAAAAAUGUCACAAGCAGUGAGAACAUUGAUGUAGCAUCAACUUUACACAAGAAAGCAAACUUCUUUCCAGUUCGGGAAGAAGUGAACUCUUCAUCAUCAGUAAUGACAGUGGUAGGUUCAGCUGUUAUCAGUAUAAUAGUUGGGGGAAUACCUGAUGGUACUGAACUGAUUGAUCCAGUUACAAUCAUUUUAGCAUUAAAUGAAGAAGAUAUAUCUACUAGGACUGCCAAUGGUACUUCUCCUCCUCCAUUUGGUGUUAGAGUUGGAUUAGAAGUGAUCUCUUAUGUUGGAGUCAGUUUUUCUUUAGUUGGACUAAUCUUGACAAUCCUGACAUUGCUGGUAUUCAAGUAUGUGUACAUGUCGUCUUAA